AUGGCUCAGCCCAGACUCCAGCUCGACCUCAGCCGGCUGACCAGCGAUGGCACCACUCUGGGACCUAGCAGACGCAUCUACUACCCAUUGGCAGACUCGCACAUGCUUAAGCUCCUGACCAUGCGCUUCAACGAGAGUGCGACCAGCGUUCUGUACUGGGGUAUCGAAAUGGAGUUCGUUGGAGCCCUCCCUCAUGGCUUCUCAGAGUGGACCCAUGAUACAUCGGGCCAAGGUGUCACAAUCAACGAGGUCUUCGGCUCCCCUCGCAACAUCAGAUACCGCUCUGGCUCUCACUUCUUGGGCCAUGUGGAGGAGAUCAUGCGCGCCAACGAGAACACCAUUCGCGUCCAGAUCCAGAACUACCAGCCCAACAACGCUCAGAACAACAGUCAGAUGCAUGUUCAAAACACCGCUAUCAACUGCGGCUGCUGA